UCGUGUUUUGAAAAAUGCGGGCAGAUACAUCCUCAUGAAUUUUUUGACCUUGAACAUGUAAAUAUUUAUGUUUGUCAACGUUGUUUCAUUUAUUCUUGGUGACAGUUGUACAACGUGAAGAGAUAUGACUACAAAAAUAGAGCAACCGAUUUCAAUGUUCGACUGGGAACUGAUCAACGAUUUAGCAGCUUUACCAGAAAAUGAAGAAAUGAUUAUAGAUUUUCUUUUGGAAAGACUACAGCAUGGUCAAAUCUACACAUGGAUUGGUUCGGUACUUUUAACAAUAAAUCCUAAUAAUGAAAUAUCAACGUCGCAUUUGUACAAUCUCUCGGAAUUUGAUAAGUAUCUUAACUCGUCGGAAGCUGUUUCUGGAGUGCCUCACAUAUAUACUGUCGCCGCUAGAGCACAUUACAGUCUUACUCGAGAACUUGGGCGAAAUUGCCAGGUAAUCAUUAUAAGCGGUGCAACGGGAACAGGAAAAACAUUCAAUGCUUGCAAGUGUCUAGAAUUUCUUAGUAGAAUUAACAAAAAUGAAAUGUUAGCAUUUCAAGGAGAUUACACGUAUAAUAUCGUGUUAAGAAUUAUGGAUGCUUGUCGUUUAAUAUCUGCAUUUACUACUGCAUGCACUGAAAGAAAUGAAGUAAGUUCAAGGCACGGACAACUUGUUUGCCUUCAUUAUAAAGGUAGCACCAUUUCUGGUGCAACUAUUAAUUCCUUUCUUUUGGAGAGAAGUAGGGUAACAAGAGGCUCAAAUAAUUUUCAAAUUUUUUAUCAGGUUGGAAUUUUAUCUUACAUCAUUCACCUCUAUAUAAGACAAAAAUAUUUAUCGGAAAUCAUAAAAAAUACAUUUCAGAUGAUGUUUGGAAUGUCAUCUACAGAACUUGAGUCCUAUAAUUUGUCCACGGACGAAUGUUAUGAUAUACUGAGCACUGUAGAUUGCAAUAAGAUAAAAUAUUUUCAAAAUAGUUUCCAAGAUACUUCAAAGGCAUUGGAUAUAUUAGGUUUCACGUCUGAUCAAAAGAGAAACAUUUUUCAAGUUCUUGCCUUAUUACUUCAUAUGGGAAACAUUAAAUUUAUUCAAAGUGGUGAAACUUGCACAAUUGAUAUUAAUGAUAAAAAAUCCAUGAAAGCUCUAAAAAGUACAUGUGCUCUGAGUUCCUUAACCGAGGAAGCAGUGAUAGAGCUGCUUACAACUAUUCUUAUAAAUCCACAGAGUACAUGGAGGAAGCAUACCCCGUACCAUCGGUAUCUCGUUACCGUCGAUGCAUGUCGUAGUAGACUACACAGCAUAAUCAGACACAUGUACGAACUUCUUUUUCACUGGAUCUUGAAUCAUACAAAUAAUGCCUUAUGUGUAAAACAUGAAUUCUUUCAGUGGCUUGGCGUACUGGAUAUAUUUGGUUUUGAGUCCUUUGAUAAAAAUGGAAUAGAACAGCUUUGUGUUAAUUAUGCCAAUGAAAAGAUGCAGCAAUAUUUCAUUGAAACUUAUGUGGAAAGUAGUCGCAAAGAUUUAGGAGAGGAAGGUUUUAUCAAAGAAAAUAAUCCUCUGCAUACUAUUGACUUAUAUAAAGAACGUUUAAACGUUAUCGAAGAAGGAUUGUUUUUAACUUUAAAUGAUGCCUGCCACUCCCCUGUACCAAUAAAUAUCUCUAAAAUAAUACAAUUAGCAUGCUCAAAUUUGUAUAAUGGACAAAAGAAGUUUUUAGAUGCAAAAGAUGGAAAUUUUAUUAUCGACCAUUACUCAGGUCCUGUUGCAUAUUCCAUUGAUGAUUUAUUAUCUAAAAACACUGAUAAGGUUCCAAACGAAAUAUCCAUGAUUUUUAAUGCGAGUACCAAUAAAUUUCUUCGUACAUUAAUCAAUAUUGAUGAGGAACAAUAUUCGCAUACCAUAAAAACGUGUAGAAAAAGAACGAUGCUUGCUAAAUUAAAAUAUAACAUAGAUACACUUAUCAAAGAAUUAAGAAAAUGUGAUUUACAUUAUGUGCGAUGUGUUAAACCCAAUCGACUAACAGAUAUUGAAUGGGACCGGAAAGAGUUUCGAAAACAAUUAGCUAGUACUGGUAUUUUUGAUAUUCUGCCGCUAGCUAAAUGUAAAUAUCCUAUUCGCCUGCAUUAUGAAAAGUUUUGUGAACGAUAUUCUAAACGACCAACAGAAACUACUGAUCUCAAUAAAUGUAAACUGAUUUUGGAAUCAGUUGUACCUCAAAGAGAAAUAUCCUCGUUAGUUCAUUUUGGAAAACAAUUGAUAUUUUUAACGGAAUCCGUCUUCCUUAAAUUAGAAUUUCACAGAAGAAAUUAUCGCAUAAAAUGUGUCAAUAAAAUACAAAUGUUUUGGCAAAAACAUAGACAGAAAAAUAUACUCGUUAUUUCAAAGUACUUGACAACUAACGAUCAAAUUCAAGAUGAAUGCGAAACGAAUAAAAAAUGUACAUCCGUUAAGAUUAUGCUUGAUCAUGAAUUAAGCAAAUCAAGUAACUCUGAAGAUGAUGAUGUGUUUAUUUCUAAUUCAGAUUCCCCUAAAGAUAAUAAUGUAACAGACCUUUCAGAACGUGUAAUAAUAAGUGAACAAGAAGUCGACGUCGAAAAUACAGAAGAAAAAUUACAACAUGAUAUUAUUCUCACAGAGCAUAAGUAUACAUUAAAAGAGCUUUACAGGUGUGAUAGCAAUACCGAUAUUAAUUACGAUGCCAAUAAUAAUUCAUUAGAACAGAAUGAGCACAAAGUAUUACAUUCUUCCUUAAUAAAUGGAAAAUGUGCUGUUAAUACUGCCAAACAAAAAUAUCCCAAGCAUUAUGAUAUGGUUCAUAUGGUGGAAAUAGGAUCAUUUAGAUUUUUCUAUAAGAAUAGAAUCUUGAGUCGACGACGACUCGCUAACAUACCAGUAAAGGUUCAUACUCGUCCUACCUGUUUAACUAAUUCACACAUAUUACCACAUUAUGAAUUACCACAAGGAUUACAAGAUUGUCUUUAAUAAAAUACGAAUUAAUCGUUCUACCGAGUGAACAUUAUUAGGCAUACCUGUUACUGUAAGGUCUUAAAUAACGAAGUUACAUGUAACAUACAUAUAUUUCUAUAAAAACACGAAGUGUUUUCUCGCUUCAACGAGGAAAUAUUAAAAUUCUAUUUAUACAUACUUUGAAAUAAGACAAAAUUAUUUUUAAAAAUUUUGUUUCUAUUAACCAUCUAAACGUCGAAGUAAAAAAGUGUCAUUUAAAUUAUAUAUCGAGAUGCGCAAUAUUCUUAAAGCACUAUUUUAUGACACAACCUUACAAAUAACCAUACACCAGAUUAAGCUCAUCUUCUGUCAUUGUUACGUGAAAGCUGACGUUCCGUAAAAUUUCAAGAGGCACGUCGACCAAUCGGAAGUGUCGACGAAAUUUACGCACAGAAAUAUCACUGACGUGUCCACGGUAAGGCGAGCCACUUCAAGGGUUCAUGAUUAUUCUCGUUUCGCGUAAGGCGAAAACAACUGCUGUAAACGGAUUGUGUUAAUUACAGUGCGACUCGUGAAUUUAAGCAACGCAAUUAUGGCGGCGGUGUUGAACAAUUUUGUAAACUCUUUUACAAACAGACUGCGAUGAUAUGCUGUGAUGUAACUUCGAAGCCGUUACAGGAGUGCCUUAUUCUAUAAAAGUCAUCAGUGGCUUUUUUUUACGCACUAUUAAACAAUAUUACUUAUCGUGACAUGCAUCUUUUUUAUCUACGUUAUUUGUACGUGUAAUGACCUUCAACCGUAAACGUAGAUUCCAGAACUUUGUUAAUUUGAAUAUUUCAUGCAGUCAAACUUUCAUUUACGAGUAUAGUUUCUAUGACGUGUUCUAAACGUAUCUAGUAUAAUCAAGAGUUUUGACAUUUAUAUACUUGUAAA